AUGUCGGAGACGGCAAAUAUUUACCUGAGUGCCUUGGCCAUCAUGGACUGCUGCUGCCUCCUGUGGGUGACUCUGCUGGAUCUCUCUUGGACCUUUCUUCAAGGCCAUCCAUUCUGGCACAUGUACCCCUGGUGUGGACUUCACACCUUCCUGGAGUUUGGCGCCAUAACCAGCUCCAUCUGGAUUGUUGUGACCUUCACUCUUGAGCGUUACUUGGUUUUAAGGGAUCCGACGGCCAGGAAACAUUUCUCCCACGCCAGGUUUAGCAGAAGAGUUCUUUUGCUGGUGAUUCUUGUGUCUCAUGUUGUUUCCAUCCCAGCCUACUGGAUCAAUGUUGCGAUUAUGUUAAACUACACAGCAGUGAAUGAGGGGAAUGUCACAUUGUCAAGGUGCAUUUAUAACGAGACCACCUUCUCUACUGUGGUGGUAUGGAUAAACACCUUUCUUUCAGGGGGCAUCCCUUUCACACUCAUUAUUGUUUUUAACUCUUUGAUUGCACGGCAGCUUACAAAGGCCAGCAAGCUAUUUACUAAGGAGCAGCAGCGUACAAUGAAAGGCAUCAUCAACAGGGGCCUGGUGAGGAGGACAAUCCUGCUGCUUUUCACUGUGUCUUUCACUUUCGUCUUUCUAUGUCUUCCCCACUUUAUCACCUAUUGUAUCCUGCGAACUACUUACAACUAUCAAGACUUCAACAGGGACGACUACAGCCAGCCUAUAAAUGUGGCUGGUGACCUGGCAGUCAUGCUACAGAACCUGAACUACACUGCCAAUUUCCUCCUGUACUGUGUGGUCAGCAAACAGUUCCGACGAGAACUGCAAGUAGUAGCCUCCUGUGGCAGGAAAGCUGCAAGUAGGCAGUCCGUCAUUCAACAGACCACCAUGAGAGUCUAUUCUGUGACAGAUCCUAAAACAGAGGACCCAGGGAAUCACAUUUCUACAGUCUUAACAAGGCUAGAGAAUGAGGAAAAAGAGGAGGCGGACAACUGUGGUGAAAUGAAGAGUCUCGUGAUGGUUCUUGCUGUGAAAAGUGCUGCAAACUUUGACUGA